UGGGUGAGAUACUUAGUGCUGGUAGUUUUUUACCUACAAGGAAAAAACAUGAUUAUAUAAUGUAAAUAUUUUUUAAUAUAAUUAUAGUUCUCCUUUACCCUUUUUUUGGGGGAGGGAUAGAAAUUUUCUACUGUUUAAAUUUAUUAAAAAUAUUUGUUCAACUUUGAGUCAGCAUUGUUAAAUCUGUAGGCCUUAAUAUAUGGUGUGGCCAGGUUCCUUCGUAUUUGACUGUAGAGAAAAUUCUACCCUUCAGACUGCAUUUCCCCAUAGUUCCCAGCUAUAGACUUUGAGGCUGUUUUAAUUAAUGUUUCUACUUAAACGACAAAGAAUGUCAGGAUUCCACUGGCCAUUGUUUAGUUUAGGGGCAGGGUUCUGGGGACUCAAAAUUUGUGCAAGACAGAUUUCAGCAGUGCUUUGACUUCAGUGUGAUUUAGAUGAUGAAUGACCUCCAAGGGAAAUUCAGAAAUCCGUUAAGGUGUUGCUAAAAGGAUGUAUGAUGCUAUUUUAAUCAGUUUCUUUGGAAUGAAAAAAAACAAGCGUUGGGUUGCAUUUAAUGUAGAAAACUAGGAGCCCUGGUGGCUCAGUGGUUAAGAUCUCAGCUGCUAACCAAAAGGUUGGCAGUUCAAAUCCACCAGCCACUCCUUGGAAACCCUGUAGGGCAGUUCUACUGUGUUGUGUAGUGUUACUCUGAGUCGAAAUCGACUCGACGGUGAAGGUUAGGUAUAGUAUUUGGACAAUUAGAAAUUACUUGAUGUUGAUAUAAAAUAAUUUGAAGUAGCUUAUUACUAGUUAUUGAUCAAAUGCUUCUUGAUUGCCCAAUUUAGUCAUGGCUGUAUUAAAUACCAUAUGAGUUUUAUAGAGAAAAGAAGGCAUAGCUGUUAUCUUCAAGAGUAUUUCUUACCUCCUUUUACUAUGGAAUGCCAGUCAAAAAAGUACAUAUUUUAGGUAGUCUUCAUGGAAUUGUUUUCAUCUGUAAUCAGAAUUCCAGGUGAAAGAUGAGCCCUGUUGAUUUAAUUCAUUCAACAAAAAUGUUUUUGCCAAUUAUUGUAUUUAUGCAUAAUUUUAAAAUUUAUAUUAAGUAAGUCUUAAUAUACUUAAAAUUUUAUAGCAAUAAAUUUUGUCUUAAGAUUUUACUUUUGGCUGCUUCUCACUUGAGUGACUGUUUUUUGUUGUUAAUUGUUUUUUUCCUAUUCUACCCAGUGAUGGAGAAUUUACUUGUAAUUUUUCUUUUCUCCAGCAUGAAAAAUAUAACACCUGGUUUCUUCACUCAUGGUAGCAAAUUCUGUUUGCAUUAGUGCCAAAUAUGUUAGAUGUGUGACCAGAUGCUUGCUGAUUUGUACUGGCCCCUACCGUACCUUCAGCCAGGGCCCAGUAGAACUGAGUAGUAGGAUGAUACUUGUGUAUCUACCCUCAUUACCUAAGUCAGCUGUAAAUGAUUUUAGUGUAUAUUUGAAGAUUAACAGCUAUUUUUUCAAACCUCAGGAAGUAUUUGAGUAGAUUACUUGCUUCAAAAUUGGUUGAAUAGAAAAUAUGUUCUUUAGUUUGCUCUUUCUUUUCCAUAAUACUCCAGUUGAACCUCUGACUUUUUUGCUUUACUCUUACUAUCUUAUCUAUUAUGGGGUAAUUGAUAACUGUUUACUGUGGUUAUUUUUAACAUAGCAAUUUUUAUGAAAGGCUUAGUACAUAAGUUUUUCAAAUAACUUGUGCUUCUUAUUUUGAAGUCUCAAAAUUAAUAUAUGGGCAUUUAUCUUAUGUUUAGGCUUUUAUGAAAAUGGAAAAUUCUGAGGCAUUUGUAGGCUUUGAUCUCUAUAAGACACCGCUCUCCAGCAUUGCUCAGAAGAUUAUGUCUGCUAUGCAUUCAGUUGAUUUAGUGGAUUCUGAGAAUUUGAGAGAGAGUGAAAAGACUGCAGAAGUGGUAUGCAAAUCCAGUGUUAAGUCUUCAGUACUACAUGAAGAUGGGAAGAAUCAAUCACUGGGAAGAAAGAAUCUUAUUUCUUUAACAAGCCAGACACCAAGAACUUCCAUCAAGUUCCAUCCUCAGUCGGCCAGUGUCAGCCUUACAAAUCAGCUGUCUCCUGACCAAAACCAGGAAAGCAUCAGCUCCCUGGCUCUUUCCAAUUGUUUAAUUCCACGGAGUCAUCAAGAGGCUUCAGUUCUACAGAAAAUGGAGUGUAAAAGAAAGCACUUCCUAAAAGAAAAUGUCAGUGAAAAUGGAAAUAAGGAAAGCAUGAGUCUUAAAAGAAAACACAUUGCAUCUAAUAAUUUAUUAGAGAAAACAAGUAAACAUAGGACAUUGGAAGAAGAUGAGAAGGAGGUUCAAGCCUACGUAAAUUCUGGGAACUCAAGUGCAUUUAAAAACCAUUUUUGUGAUACUAGGUAUUUGGGAGAUUUGGAGAAAAGCCAGCUGACUGAAAUGCUCAAACAGGCAGCAGCCCUGGUGGUAACUCUGAUGUAUAAGGAUGGUUCAACCCAGCUAAGAACUGACCAGGCUACCGUUUCUUCUGUUAAAGGAAUUGUAAUAUUACUAAAGAGCCAAGUGGAAGAAGGCAGUGGUUCUCUGGCUGCCUCAGCCUCUGAUGGCGUUCUUGAGGGGUUCAUUUCUAAUGAUAGGUAUAUUUACAUAAAAAUAGAGCACUCUUCUAUUUGGGGCCAGGAACAAGAGAUACACACUCAGUUUGCCAGGAAAGUGCUAUUUCAAGCACUGAAAUGUAAGUGUCCUGUUAUUUGUUUUAAUGGGAAGGAUUUUGUGAGAGCUGUGCUCCAGUUUCUUGGUGACGAUGGCAGCUGGAAGCAGGUUGCUGAUUUUGUAGGGUUAGAUCCCAGAAUUGCUGCAUGGCUUAUAGAGCCCAGUGACACUGAGCCUUCUUUUGAAGAUUUAGUGGCAAAAUAUUUUGAAAAAUCCAUCACAGUUAAAGUAAACAGCACAUAUGGAAAUUCGUCAAGAAAUAUUGUGAAUCAGAAUGUGUGUGUGAACCUGAGGAUACUCUACAGACUUAUGAUGGAACUGUGUUCUAAACUGAAGGGUUAUGGUUUAUGGCAACUAUUUUGUACUUUGGAGCUUCCUCUGAUACCAAUUUUGGCAGUGAUGGAAAGCAACAGCAUUCAAAUUAACAAGGAAGAAAUGAGGAGGACUUCAGCUCUGCUUGGGUCUCGUCUCAAGGAAUUGGAACAAGAAGCUCAUUUUGUUGCAGGAGAACAGUUUCUUAUAACAAGUAAUCAUCAGCUCCGGGAGAUUCUAUUUGGCAAAUUAAAGCUGCACCUGCUGUGUCAAAACAAGACGCUUCCCACAACUGCACUGCAGAAACACCCGUCCACCUCCGAGGCCGUGUUGAGUGUUCUGCAAGACCUUCAUCCAUUACCCAAGAUCAUUUUGGAAUAUAGGCAGGUUCACAAGAUCAAGUCAACCUUUGUAGAUGGAUUGCUAGCUUGCAUGAAAAAGGGCUUCAUUUCCUCUACAUGGAACCAAACUGGAACUGUGACUGGAAGACUUUCAGCCAAGCAUCCUAAUAUCCAAGGUAUCUCCAAGCAUCCAAUUCAAAUUACUAAACCUCAGAAUUUUAAAGGGAAGGAAGAUGAGGCCAUCACCAUCUCCCCCAGGACCAUGUUUGUUUCAUCCAAAGGCCACACCUUCCUGGCAGCAGACUUUUCACAGACUGAGUUGCGCAUUCUUGCACACUUAUCUGGGGAUCCGGAACUUUUGAAGUUGUUCCAGGAAUCUGAGAGAGAUGAUGUCUUUUUGACCCUGACUUCACAGUGGAAGGCCAUUCCCGUGGAGCAUGUGAAACAUGUGGACAGAGAGCAGACCAAGAAGGUGGUGUACUCAGUGAUCUAUGGAGCAGGGAAGGAGCGGCUUGCUGCUUGCCUUGGAGUUACUGUUCAGGAAGCUGCCCAGUUUUUGGAGAGCUUUUUGCAGAAAUACAAGAAAAUCAAGGAUUUUGCCCAAGCAACUAUUGCCCAGUGUCACCAGACAGGGUACGUGGCGUCCAUCAUGGGCAGAAGGAGACCCCUGCCAAGGAUCCACGCACGGGACCAGAAGCUUCGGGCACAAGCAGAGCGGCAGGCAGUGAACUUCGUGGUUCAAGGCUCGGCUGCUGACCUCUGCAAGCUGGCCAUGAUCCACAUCUUCACCGCAGUGGCCUCUUCUCCCACCCUGACGGCCAGGUUGGUUGCCCAAAUUCACGACGAGCUGCUGUUUGAGGUGGAAGACCCACAGGUUCCCGAGUUUGCAGCUCUCGUCAGGGCCACCAUGGAGUCCUUGCAGCACAUCCGGGCCCUGGGGCUGCAGCUGCAGGACCCUCCACCCUUGGCCACCUGGCCUCUGGCCGACACCGCCUUCUCUGAGGCUCACCCCUUCGUGGGGCUGUAGGCAUACAUCCCCUCGAGGCCUGGC